CGGGGAAAAUGAAGGCGAAAAACCGCGACCAAAGCUUGUCGGACUCCAGAGAGCUGGACGGAUCCUAUGACCAGCUAACGGGUAAUCCUUCCAACAGCCAAAGCAAAAAAACCAUAAAGCAGCGAUUCCUCAAGCUGCUGCCAUGCUGCAAUCCCUCGGUUACCCCCUCAAUCAGUCAAAACAGCGUGGAAGAUGACUUUGAGUUAUCCACUGUGUGCCAUCGCCCUGAAAGCAUGGACAAGCUGCAGGAGCAGACUAAGUUCACCAAGAAGGAGCUGCAAGUGCUCUACAGGGGCUUCAAAAAUGAGUGUCCAAGUGGUGUGGUGAAUGAGGAGAACUUUAAGACCAUUUACUCCCAGUUCUUCCCGCAGGGAGAUUCAAGUAUGUAUGCACAUUUCCUGUUUGAAGCCUUCGACACUAACAAGAACGGCUCAGUUAGUUUUGAGGACUUUGUAUUUGGCCUGUCUAUUAUCCUGAGAGGGACCAUUAAUGACCGGUUAAACUGGGCGUUCAACCUCUAUGACCUGAACAAGGACGGUUGCAUCACCAAAGAGGAGAUGUUGGACAUCAUGAAGUCCAUCUAUGACAUGAUGGGGAAGUACACAUACCCCAAUAUGCAGGACGAUGCUCCAAGAGAACAUGUGGAGAGCUUCUUCCAGAAAAUGGACCGGAAUAAAGAUGGGGUGGUCACUAUAGAGGAGUUCAUCGAGUCAUGCAAAAAGGACGAGAACAUCAUGCAGUCCAUGCAGCUGUUUGACAACGUCAUCUAAGAAUCUGGACCAGAGAUGAUGCUGGCACCAGGGAGAGGUGUGUGUGUGUGUGUGUGUGUAAGAGGAAUUGGGAUUGAAAAGAGAGAAAGUGAUUGCAAAUGUGUGUGUGUGUGUGUGUGUGUGUGUGUGGCGCCGUCCUCUGACUUGCAAGCAUGUGUUUGUGUGUCUGUUGAGAGCCGGGAGUCCUGAGGGCACUGAGAAGCCCUCUUCCUGGACCCCCAAGCAACAAUGGAGUUUUCCCAACUCCCUUCCUCAUCAUGCAGAACCUUCGUUUCACACCAGAAACACAGAGAAAGAAGGCAAGCAGUGGACUCACAGGCACUGGCACACCCAAGACCCCUCAACUGUUUUAUUUGAACUUUUAUUUAUUAAGUUACAGAUGAAGGAACUAUAUCAGCCUGUAAUGGCUGAACUCAGAGGGAGGAAGUUGCUCCCAAACCUUGAUCUAACACUUUUCCCCUUUUCCCUGUGAUUUGGAUUUGUGAAUCUGAUCCUGUCUCUGUGCAUGUGGGUGACAUCUCCCUGGAGCCGCUAGCCGUAUUUACCCCUCAUGCCCCGGCUAUAAAGAGAAAUGAGUCUGCUGCCAUCUAGUGGAGGAGAGAGAGAAAGACACUUCCUGAGGAAACAACUGAUGAAUUGGAGAUCCAAGCGUUCUUGUUUCAUGGGGGUUCAAGCGUUGUUUUCCAUGAGGAACUGAUUUCAAUAUCGCAUGAUGAUGUCACUAAUAUCCAAUUAUGUAUUUACAGAGAUACUCCAAAGUCUGCUUGUCUGUCUGCUGUUCCUAGUCAUUCACAGGUGCCUCACCCUUUGUGUAUGUGUGUGUGCAUGUGUAACAGAAAGAGUUGUCACCCAUCUUACUCUAAUGGGACAAUACCCACCUCCAUUCAUGAGAUUCUGGUAGAAUAAUUUCCGGCCUUCCAAACUAUUACAGUCUUAGCUGUAGGUGUCUAUUAACUGUUGUAUAUUUUCUUGCAUUCCCAGUGGCGUGGUAGUAGGCAGUACGUGGGGAUUGCACAGUGUUUGACAAGCUCCAUCCCAUCCCAGCUUCUCUCAACACAGGGAUGGCAUACCACAGUCGUACUUGUCUAUCAAUAUACAUUCAAGGGGAAUUUAUUAGUUUGCAGACUGUAUUUGUGGACUUCUUGUAAUCGGAAAUGUCACGUGGUUGUAGCAGGUUCUGCCACUUCAAAGAAAAUCUCAAAACCCUAGUUGCAUUAAAUUAGGCUCAUUCAAUUUCAAAGAGGCAUUGUGUGUGUGUGUGUGUGUGUGUGUGUGUGUGUGUGUGUGUGUGUGUGUGUGUGUGUGUGUGU